GAACAGGUUUAGACAUGAGUUAAUAAAUUAUUAUGGAUAUUUAACUGUUUGUUAUUGACGUAAUCCCUGUCGGGUUUUGGUCUCAAAUUUCUACUAAGCAAUUAGAAAAGGGACGAGUUAAGAAUCGUCUACAAACAUUAAACGUCUCAGAACGGAUGAAAAGUCUUCUUAAAGGUAAACUAUUGUGCUUCCUAGAACAGAUUAGAAUAGAUCUAUGGGUGGGGUUGCUAGGUGAGUUGCUAGGUAACGGCGCAGUGCCUGAGAGCUUUUUGAAACGGCUCUUUUCCCAGACACCGAAAAACAUGAACUUAUUGCCAAAAAACUGUUGUUUGGGUUUUUUUUUUUUAAAGCUCUUUGGUUGUUUUUAGAAGCAGUUGUGACACAACUGGAAGUAUAAAAAUGUUCAAAAUGUGAAUUUUUCAUAAUUCUCUCCUAAGGCCUUUAUCUCAGUCUAGAUGAGUUUAUGUCACCAUAUGAAAGCUUUCCCUCUCAAUUAAAAAAAGAAAAAAAAAAUUACAGACCAUUUAUAAAUACAUUAUUCUGGUCCAGACUUUCUCAUUGGUCCCUCAGUCUGUAUUGGUGGCGUUGACACAACGUGACAGAGCUGUAAAAACAGAGCAUCACAUUGUGCUGUGUGUAGAGGUGACCUAUUGUCUGGUGCAUAUGCACUGCUAUGGAGGCGCUUUUGAUCGCCGUGGCAUGUGCGCUCCUGUCCUGCUCUGUCAAAGGUAACGACUGGUGGGGGGAGUUUCACGAGGGGAUACGACACUACAGUGACGAGGACCUCAAUAAGACGUUUCCAGAGAAAACCCGACCCAUGCGCUUCAAACAUCCUCCGUUCCAGUGUCCUGACAUGACCCCGUCCCCAACUGUCCCCUCGUCAGUUGAAUUUGUGAAGGCAGCGGAUAUAAAAGUCAUCGCCGCCUUGGGGGAUUCCGUGACUACAGCCUUAGGUGCCAAUGCCACCACUGUGCUUGGAAUCCCAGUAGAGUUUCGCCAUGUGUCGUGGAGUAUUGGAGGCUAUGGCACUUUUCAAGACGUCAUAACUCUGGCGAACAUCAUCAAAUUAUUCAACCCCACUCUGCUCGGCGCUUCUCCUGGGACGACUGUCCACGGGAUGGAGGCUCAUAUUAGCGAAACCGGCUUUAAUCUGGCCGUGACCGGAGAAAACACCUUGUAAGACCUCGUCACUCUUAACAGAUGCUGGUCUGCCUUAGUGAAGGCAUCAGUUUCUGUGAUUUAAAAGAACUGAGAUCUGUAAUUGUAUUGAAAUCUGAUUUU